AUGGCACUGACCCUCAAUCGCUUCAGCACCUCAAUGGAGUGCCCCAGGAUUGAUGGGCCCCAGAACACCGCUGCCAUGUCGGAGGAGCAAAUGAGGGGUCCAUCCAGCAACGAGUGUCCUAAAGUGGAUAGUUUGGUCCGAGCAGAUCCGGAUCGCUUUGAGCUGUCUUCAGCAGCCAUUGCCUACAAGCGUGCUGCUGCGGAAGAGUACCAUUGUCUCCACUAUGCGUGUACGCGUUCUUUGUCCUCGCUCUUCUUCCCUGCUGUUACUAUUACUUAUUCUUGUCUCGUUUUGGGAGCAGCAUCAUCCACUAGUGUUGCUGCGAUCGAUGCUGCUACCGAUGCUGCUAUCGGUACUGCUAUCGGCGCUGGGUGUGUUUCUGCAUACGCUUCCGCAGGAGUAUCUGGACGAGUGCAAAAAAGACUAGAAUAA